AUGUUCUCCGUUCGGAGCAGUGCCAGCUUGCUCCGUAACUGUUUUUCUUCGCUAUCAUCUCAAACGGCAUGUACAUCAAGAUAUAACCUCUUGACGCGUCGUUAUGCUUCGGAGGCGACUUUGGAGCAACGUCCUACCGACGUAAACGCUGCCCUUGCCCGAACAUCCACUCUCUUCAAAACUUAUAAACCCAUCACCCCCGGCAUCCGUCAUCUCCGCCGGCCGCUCAAUCCGCAUAUCUUUCCAGGUCGACCACUUCGCCUUCUCACCGUCCCGCUACGCAAGAAUGGCGGCCGUAACUCGUACGGACGAAUAACAAUACGACACCGUGGCGGCGGACACAAACGUCGUAUUCGUCUCGUCGACUUCAUGCGCAUAGAGCCUGGACCACACGAUGUUGUUCGGAUCGAGUACGACCCAAACCGCUCAGCGCAUAUCGCGCUCAUACACAACCAAAAUCCGAACGUGGAUGGGAAGAAGAGAUGGAGUUAUAUCCUGGCACCCGAUGGUUUAAGGGCGGGGAACGUAGUGCAGAGCUUCCGCGGAGGCAUUCCAGACGGAUUCGUGCCAGGAUACGUCGACUCGAAGCAGGGAGGCAAGGCCAUGACUGACGAGGACAAGAGUGAUUCAACCGCGUCCCUCACCCUGGGCGUCCUUCGUGCGAAGACGAUCAGACCUGGCAACGUCUUACCCCUUCGACUGAUCCCUACUGGUACCGUUAUCCAUGCCAUUGCGCUUUUGCCAGAUGGCCGCGGCAUCCUUGUCCGAUCUGCUGGCUCUUUCGGCCAGGUCGUCGCACAUGAGGCGUCUGGAAAGUACAGUCAGGUCCGGCUUCAGAGUGGAGAGGUGCGAAAAGUAUUGCAGAGCUGCUGCGCAACUAUUGGGAAGGUCAGCAACCCGCUAUGGAAAAGUCGUAGUCUGGGCAAGGCAGGACGUAGCCGCUGGUUGGGCUGGAGACCGACUGUUCGCGGUGUCGCAAUGAACGCUAAUGACCAUCCUCAUGGAGGUGGUCGUGGUAAAUCCAAAUCAAAUAAGCAUCCCGUGUCCAUCUGGGGCUGGAAUACCAAAGGCAAGCGCACGCGCAAGCCGGGUCCCAAGGGCCCCAAGAACAGCAACAAGAUGGUUGUGCGCGAACGGCCUAGAGGAAAAGAGAUGCGCAGUAACUAGCCGUGCCCUGCUACUAUCUUUUUGGUCAUCAUGUAUCCCCUGUCUAAUAUCACAACCACUCUGCUGCAGAGGUAAUGGAUGCGCAUCCAUGUACCCUUCAGAAU